GCAAAUCUGACAAUUUCAUCAAUGGACGAAACAGGACUCACGGGUAAACAGAAAGUUACCCUUCUUUCGACAUGGGCUCUGAUGAAGCAGGACUUGGAUCUUCAUGGCCGAAAUUUGCUGCUCCUUCUUUUCAGCGAGCAUCCAAAUUUCUUGCCAUACUUCAAUUUUAGCACCGAUUCGCAUAGCACCAGCCUGGCCGACAAUCAAGCCCUCUUCGCACACUCGAUGAACGUGAUCCUGGCUCUCGGGGCGCUUAUCGAGCAUGGUUUGAAAUGUCCGAAAAUGUUCCAGUGUUUGCUUGCGAAGCUGGCAAAGAACCACCACCGGAGGGGUGUGACGGGUGGAGACGUCAAACUUUUCGGGAAGAUAAUGGUUCGCUACUUUGGGGAGGUCCUAGGCCGUCAGGCAGCCGACACGCUGCCGUCCGCCUUCGGUACACUGAUCGAUAAGGCUGCAGAAGCUUUCGAUGGGUUCCAGUGACGACAGCGGCGGCGGCAACAUUUUUGCUGUUUCGCCUACAUAUAUCGAUUACGUUUGUGUCUUCCAUCCAGAGGCGGCGAGAUGCUUUUUUUUCGAGGAGAGAGUCAAUAAAAUAACGACACGAUACGAAUCGUUGUGAUUGAUUGCUGUGUAAAAUUAUGUUUACUCUGUCGAUCGAGUACAUAUUUUUCCCGUCUAUUGUCACGGGGAGUUCAUCAAUGUUCCGGAUUCUGCUGGGAGGUUUAGUUGCUGGUGAAAUAGGAGAAAAUGGGAAAAAAAAAUCGAGUGCUAAAUUAGGCUAAAUCAAUCAUACACUCGGUCGGAGAAGUG